AUGAAGUGCUCAAAGGAUCUUACCCAUACAGUCGCAGAAUUGUGCGGUGAAACCAACUUUGUUGACGUGCAUGUUACCCCUAGAAUGCUUGGUGGUAAAGGUGGUUUCGGUGCUCAGUUGCGUUCUGCUGGUGGCAGGAUGAGGUCAAAUCGUAAUCACAACACAGACGCCUGUAGAGACCUCUCAGGGCGUCGUAUAUCAACUCUCAAGGAAGCACAAAAAGUUGCUGAUUACCUCGAAUCAUCUGAAGAACGUGAAAAGAAGCUCAAGCAGGAGAAAUUAGAUAAGGUAGAAGCAAUGGAGAAAAAACUCGAACAACAACCCCAAAAGAGGAGACUGGAUGACGACCAGUUUUUUGAGAAAAAUAAAGAUAUGAACGAUAACGUAAGAUCAUCUGUCGCCAAAGGUCUCUUAGCAAAGAGACGUAAAAAACAAGCAUCAACGGAUAAUGCCGAAGCAAGCACAUCCAAGAGCUCAACAACCAGCGCUCCAGCUAAGGUAGUUGAAGAAUCUUCAAAAUCACUUCAAGCAAGUGCUUGA